AUGGUUGCUCCCGGCAUCGGAAUCGAUAGUCCUCGAACGGAGUUACCUUCAGAUGGAUCGAUUGGUGACCUGGAUCUGGGCUCCCGAAUGGAUUCCUUCCAAUCGCCUGGCGGCGGAGGAGAUGACCUUUUUAAAGCUAAUAAGGGUGGCAGACGAAAUCGUGCGAAUAUGACACCCGCGCGCCAGAUCUUUGGGAGCAUUGCCAAUCGCGGAGGACCAAGCAAAAACGAGUUCACUCCACUACUAAAGAGUGUACAGAAAUCGAACCUCCGCGCAAGAGUCGGUGAUAACAAGGGGGUACCGCCGACCCCAGCAUUUUUGAAAAAUGGAAAACUGGAUAUAAUGGAUAGCCCGGCGCUGCCACAUGGUCCGAUGCCAGAUUCUAGUAUUAAUUCAACACCGGUAGUCGUUUUACCAAGGAGGGGGGAGAAUGCCGGUGUUUUGGAGCACGACGGACAGAUGACACUAAGGGAACAAGAGAAGAUAAUCGAUGAGAUUAAGAAGGAAAAUUUUGGGUUAAAGCUCAAGAUUGUUUUUAUGGAAGAACGACUGAAGAAACUAGGGCCUGAGCACAACGAGGAAGCCAUUAAAGAAAACAUAGAAAUUAAAGUCGAACGAGCUACUCUUAAAGCUGAGCUUAAACGAUAUCGAAAAUCCCUCAAUGAUUCCGAAAAAGCUAUCACCGAGCUUCGUGAACAAAUGAUGUCGAUUCAGGAUAGCAAGCAGAAGGGCUACGACAACGGCAGACGGAGCGAGGAACGUGCAAGGGCUCUUCAGGAGAUGUCGCAACAACUGGAGGAGAAGGAUAAAGAGCUGCAGAAAAAAGAGAAAGAAUUGGAGGCAAAAGAAAAGGAACUCGAUGAAGUUUUGGAUGAAAAUGACCGACUCCGUGAGGAAGCUCAAGAUUACAAGAAACAGGUGGACAACAUGGAGGAGGAAGAUGACGAGGAGGUACAGAAAUUAAAUAAGGAGCUAGAGAAGGUUGAAGAAGAGAAGGCUGAACUGGAAACUGAGAUGAGAGAGAAAGAUCGUCUUCUCGAUGAGCGUGAAGCUGAGUUGGACGGUGUUGAUGCCGAGCUCAAGGGCAAAGACCGUGAAAUCCAAGAGCUAAAGAGUGAUACCAAAUCCUUGCAGGAAAGGCUUAAAGUAGUGGAGCAAGAGCUACAAGGUAAGCAGGGUGAUAGGGAUGAACAAUUAGUAAAGAAAGACGAGGCACUCCGAAAAGCGGAGCAAAAAAUAAGGGACUAUGAAAAGCUGGUUCGAGAUCUUCAAAACAACAUCGAAGACGAACAAACAGACAAAUCUAGAGUUCUUCAAGAAAAGAAAAAAGUCCAGACUGAGAAUGAACAAAUUUGGAACAACCAGAAAAGGCUGGAGCAUGAAAAGCAGAAUCUUGAAGAUGCCCUCGAAAAGCUUCGCGAUGAGGCUCGUAACAAGAGUUUUGCCUAUAAGGGUAGGAUAGGCGAGCGUGAAAAUCAGAGGGAGAAUCUUAAAGGAGAAUUGGAACAGCUUCGCCAAGAAUACGAUAGCUUACAAGCACUUCACCAAGAGAGGGCUGUGGAGACACAGCGCCUUAAGUCUAGGUUAGAGCAGCUAAAUGGUGAUUUUGAUGGCGAAUUUCAAACUCUUCAAACAGAACUUAAUGAUGUCAAGCGUCAAAGAGAUACUAUCAACAAGUCCCGCGUUGAGCUUGAAGGGAAGGUGCGAAAACUAGAAUCAGAUCUUCAGCUUGUUACCUCCGAGAAAGACACUAUCGAAAGAUCUCACCAGGAGCUAGAGCUAGAAAUGCGUAAAGCUCGAUCGGCUCGCAGUGAAAUCGAGGUGGAGCUUCGUAAGGCUCAAUCAAACAUGCAGAGUCUAGCCAUGGAAAAGGACUCCGCCAUCAACAGUUCUCGUAGCGAACUCGAAAAUGAACUUCGUAGAGUCCGGGCGUCUCGUAACGAACUUGAAGCGGCCCUCCGUAAAGCCCAAUCAGAUCUUCAUGAUGUACAGGCCGAGAAAGAGCUCAUUCGUCAGCGUCAUGACGCCUUGACAACAGAGUCAGAGGACUUUCAGAGGCAAGUUGAUAAGCUGAGGAGCAACCUCCAGGAAGCAAACUUGACAUUGCAAAGAGAAAGGCAGAUGGCGGAAGCAAGUGAACAGUCCCUGAGACGGGAAUGGGAGGAAGAUAAGAGCAGCCUCAACGAAGAGCUCGAGGCGAUGGACAGAGAGCUUUCAGAGAAGGAGAAGCAGCAUGAACGUGCUAUUUCCAACUGGCAAUCCGAGAAGCGCCAGCUAGAGAUCAGAAUACAAAAGGCCGAGACCACUGCCGAAGAUCUUAAGAGGACAAUUGAGCAACUACAACAGGCUGAAAGUUCAACUCAAGGAAAGGAAACUAAGUUGGUUAGUGCGCUGAAGUCUGAGAAUGAAAGGCAUAAGAAAGAAGAAGCAGGUCUCAACCAACAAAUUCUCGAGCUCCAAGACGAGAUUGAAGAAAGAAAGGCUGCUCUUGAUGUCAAGAUUGCCGAGCAUAACGCUACCAAGGAGGAGCUCAGACUUUCAAGAAAAGCCGAGAGAGCCUUAGAGGAGAAAGUCAAAUAUCUGGACGAUGAAGUGGAACUACUCAGCGCUCAACUCGACGAGGAGAAGGAUAACGCAGACGAGGAAAUCGAUGCUGCAAAAGCUGAAGUGGAAACCCUUCGCCAGAAGCUCAAUGCCACCAAGUUAGAGCUCAGUCGACUUGAGAAUCAGCACGGCAAAGCCCGGUACGAGGCACAGGCAGUCAAGGGAGACCUUGAACUAGAGGUACAGACACAGAGAGCACUCAAGGAGGAUAUUCAAGACGCUACCAGGCGUCUCGAGAAUGUGAAGAAAGAGAAGCAGCAACUUCAAGAGCAGCUUGCAAAGGCCCAAACUCAAACAAAUACCCUCCGAGUUACAACCAUGGAAAUUGAAGCUGAGCGGGAUGAAUUGAAGAGCCAACUUCAACAAAUAUCACAUAAGGCCGAUUCCUCGAAGCAUCUCGAUCACGAGAAAGCGGAGUUAAGGAAGGCAAAGAGCAAAAUUGAGAUCGACCUCCAAAGGGCAAAAGAUGAACGUGCAAUUCUUGAGCAGCGAGCCAAUGAUCUAGAGGCAGAUCUUCAAGAUGCCAUCGACACUGCCCAGGAACAAGAGAUCAAACUCGAGAAUCAAGUCCGAGAACUCAAGAGCCAACUGAAAUCGCUUAUGAGUGAACGUGAAAGCGAACGCCAAGCAUCUCAGCGCGAUAUUUCCCGCCUUGAGGCCAGAAUCGACGAACUUCUCAAACUGGACCGCCAAGAUGGAGGCCUUGAGCUAGAAUUGGAAACUCUUCGUGCCAGCUUAUCGGAUGCAAGGAAGCGGGAAAAUGACUUUGUCCAAAAAGAGGCAGCGAGUAGGAAAACAAUUCGUGAGCUCCGCCAUCAAGUUGACCAGCUUGACCGCGAGUUGCUUGACAAUAAGAACGCUGCUGUACUUCAGUCACCUCCCAUGGGAAGCACGCCCCGUUCGGCCAGGAAGUCCGAGGUCGAAGAACUCAGGCGCCAAAUUAGUGCUUGUCAAGAACAAAUCCGGGAAUACCGGUCCAAGGUUAAGACCCUGGAACGAAAGAACGGCGACCAGAAGGCUGCAUACGAGCAACUUGAGAUCGAGAAGUCUUUGCUAGAUCAGGAAAUCGCUGAAAUCCGGGAAAGCAACGAGGCCAUGGUUCGCAGGAAUUUUGAAGUUGGUGGUACAGUUGGUGAACUCAGGAAGCGAAUCCAUACCUUGGAAAGAGAGUUACAUAGUGCUAAACUGGAUCAACACCUGAAGAGUUCAGAGGAUACCAGAACUGCCCAGCAGCAGAUUGCGGAGGAGCGGCAAGAACUUCAUGAACAUAUUAAGACUGCAACACUGGAGAUUGAGCAGUUGCAAGCACAAAUGAACGCGCGAGACGAGGAAAUACGCAUUCGUCGCAAGAAGGAGAAGGAGCUUGAUGCGCAAGUCAGGAACCUACGAAAGGAAAAGAGCCAACUUGACUCUAUUUCUCAAGGAACCUCAGAAGACUUGAAGAAAGUCACUCGUCGUUAUCAAAAAGCCGUUGAGAAGACAGCACAGCUGCAGGCUGCGUGGGAUGAGGAGCGUAGGGCCAUCAAGCAGCGGGUCCGGUUCUCAGAAAGCACCAGCAGGCGUGAAACAGCGCGGACAGAUGCCGAUGCCAAAACUCUCGAAACCCAGAUUGGGCAGGCGGAGCUACGACACAGAGCUGAAAUCAAGGGGCUGGCCAAGCAGAUUCGCUAUCUCCGGGCCAAGGUUGCCCGAGAAGCUGGGUUUAGAGCAGAUUUGUCGUUCAGCAAGAAUUUCUUUUUGAUGCAGAUCAACCUCUAUAGCGCAUGCAACGAGGCAAAUAUGCAGUUGAUUGAGCAGAUGGGCAUCUUCCCUGACCGGUAUAUACGCGAGAAGAGACCUUCAUUGCGUUCAGUGGUGCAUACACUCAUUGCGGGGAUCCGGAUCAGUAAACUUCAACGGAGCUGGGCGGAGAGCAAAGAAUUGAAGACUUCGUUGGCUAAAUCACUGGAGCUAACCAGACGAGGGGCUGGUAAAACAUAA